AGCAAAACUUUUCCCCAAAUUGUGUCCACUCAAACCAAACCUUAGUUUUUAAAUUGCGUGAUCGGCGUUCAAAAUCAAGAGAGAUCUGAACAAUUUCUUUAGGUUUUGAUCCUUAUUGUAGCGAGGUAACAUCAUUUGAAAGAGCUUUUAUCUAUUUUUUGCGAUCAAGAGUACUUUCAGAAGAAUGGCUUCAUCGUUGUCAAAUUCAUUUUCUGAUGCCGAAAAAGAACUCAAAGCACCACCAUUGGCAGAUCGCAAGAGAAGAAGAGGCGUCAUACUUCGCGGACAGAGGUUUCGUUGCAAGAUGAUACCUAUUCAGGUUCUGGGACUCGGACUUCAGUUGUCGAUUAGACUGGGAAGUUCAUCUGAGAUUAAGUGCAAUGCAGCCUCCAACGCCCUAAGCUUUUUCUCACACUGGGCGCCCAUAGCCAUAUCGAAUUUUCUUGGAAACUGAACGUGGAAAUUCAGCAGUCAAGAAUUCAUGUUGAACACGGUGUGACUGUUUGCUUUUUGUAACGUGUUGUUACCGAGAGGCAUAGGAUUCCCCGCACCACGCUUUCUGAGAAACCAAGGAUGAGAAAAAUUAAACAUCGUUCACACAG